CUGGCCUCUAGAAAUUCACUGUCCCUGUAUAGUUUAGCUUUGUGCCGUCGACUAAGUCCAGGUGUCGCCCUUUCUGCUCUCGCCUUCCUCGCAACCAAAGGACACAGCGGAUGUAAUGCGGCGUGAUGGCCAUCUUCUCGUCCUGAUGCAAUUAGUUUAAUCGGUUCGAGCCAGAAUUCGUGAGCGCAUCCAGCAGGACUGUAGCGACAUGACUCGAGGAUUAUAUACCGUCGAGGCCAAUCCAGGUCAACAAGGGGAGGGACAUGGGCUUGGGAGCCGAGUAAUUGCAAAACAAAGCCGCAGAUUCGGGGACCAUGGGGGCAGGACCUACACAAUAUAUGGCAGCUUGUGCAGCCACUGGGCGCACGUUCGGCACACUAUGCCAUCCGUCGUUCACAAGGCGAACAGGAAGCGAGCCUUGGACGAACUCUGAGAGGAGACAGUCUCGAUAGACAGACAGCUCGCUGGGUUCGGAGGAAUUUUUCCACUGGCGAAUCUCGGACGAUCGACCUGUCGGGACUGCGAUCGGCUCGUGAACUGGUCUCCUUCGAUCCCAGAAGCCCUCUGGAUCCGGCCUCUGCGCACUCCGAAGGUUCGGCUGGGUGUCGAUUGUGCUAUGAAACAGGAGAGCGGAGGGCGGAAGGAUUAUAGUAUUGCAGCCCUGUGGAAAAAAAAAUGUGCAUUUGAGCCUCGGCAGGAGCCUUUGGGGUUCGUGUAACGAGAUUGGCCAGGCGCAGACGCUCGAUCCGUUCCAGGCGUGUCGACAAUAUGAUCCAGGCGGUGGAAUCCACCGUGUGCAGAUCGCGAGAGUGGAAGAAGUCCGUGGACAUUUAUAUCCCCUGCUGAUGUCGCGCGUCUUAUGCUAGCCUCGCAGGGAGGGCUUGGAUCUUGCAACGCAGACAUGUCGACGCCGCCGCUGCGAACGGAUUCCAGCAAGAACAUGGACGUUACACCAUCUAAAGUUACACCCAAGGCGGAGGAAUUCGUGCCGAUGAGCGUGAGAAUGGUGGGCGCAGUGCUGCGGCGCAUCGACUCGUGGGUCUACCGCAAGGACGGCACGGUGAACCGCGCGCGGCAGGACUUCUUCGAGGUGAAGGCCAAGGCGAACGCGAAGCCGGUGAACGGCGUGUCGACCAAGGACGUGGUCAUCGACCCGGCAACCGGCGUCUGGGCGCGCGUCUUCACGCCUGACCAGGAAAUCAUGCCGGAGUUCGAAGCCGAGGACGGGCAGUCGGAGAAGAAGCUGCCGGUCAUCGUCUACUACCACGGCGGCGGCUUCGUGGGCAUGAGCCCCGACGUCGUGGUCUACGACAAACUGUGCCGGCGCCUGGCGCGCGCGGCCAACGCCGUGGUGGUGUCGGUACACUACCGGCGCGCGCCGGAGUUCCGGUACCCGGUAGCGUACGAGGACUCGUUCCGCGCGCUGGAGUGGCUGCAGUCGGCCGAGUCGCAGGAGGAGCUGCCGGGCGCGGCCGACCUGACGCAGUGCUUUCUGGCCGGCGACAGCGCCGGCGGCAACAUCGUGCACUUCGUCGGGUGCAUGGCGGCAAAGAGCGACCUGCGGCCGAUCCAACUGCGCGGGCUCGUCCUACUGCAGCCGUUCUUCGGCGGCGAGGACCGCACCACGUCCGAGCUCACCGUGAACCCGCCGGUCCUCAGCCUGGAGCGCGCCGACUGGGGCUGGAAAGCCUUUCUGCCCGAGGACGCGGACCGCGACCACCCGGCCUGCAACGUGAGCGGGCCCAACUCCAUGGACAUCUCGACGCUGCGCCUGCCGCCCGUGUUCGUGGUCAUCGGCACGCUGGACAUUCUCAAGGACUGGCAGAUGCGUUACGUCAAGAAGCUCGAAAAGCACAACAAGCAGGUGCGCGCUGAGAUCUACGUCGGCGGCUUCCACUCCUUCUACGCCUUCGAGGGCAACGAGCUCGGCGACCGCGCCAUGGCCGACGUCGUCGCCUUCAUCGACUCGCAUAUGGAUCUUGAUUAAGAGUCGACAUUUGCGAAUUGCAUCCCCCGCCCUGCAUCGAAAUCUGCAUCCGAUCGACGCAGCUGUAGAUAAGCCCAGCCCCCGCCGCCGCCGCCGCCGCCCCCUGUAAUAUGAUGAAAUUCGGUGGCUGAUUGUUCGAGUUCGAGGUCGAGGUCGAGGUCGAGUUCUGGAGGAUGGAGGAUGGAUGAUGAUGCAGACCUCGGCCCGGCGCUGUUCCUGCGCCUCUGGAACAGCCGCGCAUCUGCCGCUCCGCUCGGCGUGUCUGCCAGGGCCUCGAUGAGCUAUAUAUCAAUGGAAUAUCACGAAACUGACAAGUUGAGAAAAGCGCCUUGCUGAAUCCUAUUACUCGGUCACUAUACUAGCAGCCAUGCCCUUCGCCUUUACCGCUUUCCGGAGCACCGUCGCUGUCUGUGUCUGUGUCUGUCUGUCUGUCUAUAACCAUGGAACCGUAGAAGAGUAAGAGGUGCAGAUUGUAACAUUAUACUAGCGUUCAGCUGAUUCCUGUCACGAGGUGACUAGAAUUGCACCGUACCACUAACAACCUUCCUCACUAUCGAUGUGUGCUCCCCGGGAGUUCGCCAAAGGUCUGUAAGAGGUGUAGAGGUUUAAGUCCAGGAGUAAUUUCAGAAAAAGCGUCUUGCUGAUGUGCUGGGAAAGUGCUGUCUAACACACUUCUGCCGCGGACUGACGUUUGUAAAUGAUGAUGAAUCAAAUUGAGCCUUCAACAGCUCUCGUACAGCAAUUGUGUUUUUGGACUUUCAGCGUCCGAUGU